GUAUCUGAGAGGGUGAGGCAGCAUCUGGCGGCCUGAGCCAGUCAGUCUCCUUCCCUGGGUGCUUUGUCGCCCCCCCCCCCUAAAGCCGCGGGGUGGGUGGAGUCGGGGGAGCAAGCGCCUGGCUUAAUUCUCUCAGCGGCCCCGCCGAGCGGGUAGUCUUUAUGUGGCGAGCGUGAAGCGUGGGCGGCAGUUCGGGUUCUGUCCCUUUCAGGGCACUUGGCGGUGCACGAGCCCACUGGAGGCGCCAGCCGCUUUGCUCUUUCUUGCUUGUUCUUUACGGACGACAGUCCCACUCCCCACACACCCAGCACGAAGGCCCCUGGGUGUGUCUUCGGAGGGAUCCGAUAAGAUUAGCUGGAAAGUGAGGAGGCAAGAACAUCGUCGCCGCGCUCUAAACAGAGGACCAAGGCAGGAUGAUCCUGACGCGCAGAAGUCUUGGAGCUAGGCUACCUGUAGGAUGGCUUCAUCCCACGUAUUCCUACCUGAACCUUGGGGUAAUCAUCAGUGGCCCUUCUCCUUAUGUCACUGCCAAGUGAGGUCUGAUAAGUGGCUAUCAGACAGGAGGCCGUCUUUGUGAAAUGCUAUCCCAAAAAUUGAGGCCAAAGAAGUCUGUGACUGGCUGAAGGCUGCUGGCUUCCCCCAAUAUGCUCAGAUGUUUGAAGAUAUGCAGUUUCCCAUUGACAUCAAAACUGUGAGAAAAGAUCAUGAGUUAUUAGACCAAGAUGCAAUAGAAUCCCUGUACAGACGUUUGAAUACACUGAAUAAGUGUGCAGCAAUGAAGGUGGAAAUAAGUCGGCAAAGAAAGAGGAGUGAUGAAUCUGAAGAAGACGAACCUUGUGCAAUAAGUACCAAAUGGACUUACGAGAAAUGUAGUCAGAGAUGGUCUCGCCUGGAAUGCUCAGAAGGUUCUGGUGCACCAGUCCUUGACGGUCUUAGACUUAAGAACUCUGGAAGUGGGUAUAUAGCAUUUUCUGAUCAAGAGGAGAGAAAUGAUGAGUCUUCAGUUCACAGUUCUAGCAGUGGGGACAGUGACUUAAUCAGCUUUCCAAAAACUUUUGAGGAGGCUGAGGUGAGCAGGAGCUCUUCAACGUGCUCCUCAAAUAUAUUGGCAUCUCCUGACUCUACUUUCAGUUGCUCUUCUUCUCCAAGUGAAACCUUGAAUAUAAUUAGUGAGGACAAGCUCUUGGAUAAACCAUCCCACAAAAAGGGAAGGAGUUUCUUAAAGAAAAUGGAGAAGCUGCGCCUAAGAAGCUGCAGUUUGAAGAGAGAAGCACAUUCAAAGGCCAAGCCCGUUAUUAGCGAGCCUCUUCUUAUAGAGGGACUAAAUGAAGAAAAGCUGAGAAACUUCAAUUGUGUAAGUAUUCCUGACACAUCUGAGAGUCAGACAAUGCCACAUUCUUAUUCCCCACAGACCUGCAGCAGUAGCAGCCAGUCUGAAAACAGCAGCACUGUGAGCACUCCAAGCCCUGUUAUCAAAGCGAGGAGACACAGUAAAAGAGGAGGAAUGUACGGAGGAGAAUUUGAUCCCAGCAAGUUUGCCUUGUGGAGUGAUCUCUCUGAGCAUAACUUCAAAAAUGAGAUACAUUUACACAAGGACAAAGUAUUUCAGGUACCACAAGGCCAUAAGCCUGGGACUUUCCCCAAAGCGCUUACCUACAGCCUCUUGUCUCCCGUAGACAACACUUCUGUGAACUGGAGAACAGGGAGUUUUCAUGGGUGCCAGAGAAACAGGGCUCAAAUUGGUUCUCAGGAGCCUGAAACUCCACCUGGCUCUCUUUCAUUGAUGGAUAACAGACUGAGCAUAUACGACAAUGUGCCAGGCAAUCAUCUUAACAAAAUGGAUGCACCAGAGAUUGGUGAUGACGAUGUCUUUACAGAACUAGACAGUGUUAUGGAACAUGUUAAUGGGCUCAGGAAGUUGGUCAGUCAGUGGACAGAGAAAUUCUCUGAUGAUGGGGACUCCGACUCUGCCAGUUACUCCAACCAGUCCACCUCUCCAUGCCCAUCAUCCCCUAAGGAGAUCCGUGUUGACAUUAAAAAACAUCCAGAAGAGAAAUUGCCAGAAUUGUCAGUUACUGAUGGUGAAGAGAAUUCCGGGGAACAUGGCCUCACAGAACUGGCAUAUGUAAUGGAAUCAGGGAUGAGACCGACACCAGCACAUUCCAUCAGGUGUGAGAGGAGACCUUGGUCUACUGAGGAAGGCACAAAUGUGGAAAGUCUUUCUCUGCAAAUUGGCUGCCAGUCAGCCACUCACCUAAAUCGAAUGCAGAAGUUGGCUUUGUUAAAACUGACCACUUUAAUGGAUAAAUACUCUCCUUCUAGUAAGCAAGGAUGGAACUGGACUGUUCCAAAGUUCAUCAGAAAAAUAAAAGCCCCAGACUAUAAGGACAAAAAUGUAUUUGGAGUCCCUUUGCUAUUAAAUGUCCAGAGAACAAGUCAUCCUCUUCCAAAGAGCAUCCUCCAAGCCAUAGACUACUUAAGAAACCAUUUUCUUGACCAGGUUGGCCUUUUCAGAAAAUCUGGUGUUAAAUCUAGGAUCCUUUCCUUAAGGGAAACGAAUGAAAAUGACCCAGGCAACACAGCUUACGAAGGGCAGUCAGCAUUUGACGUGGCAGACAUGGUGAAACAGUAUUUCCGAGAUCUUCCAGAACCUAUAUUUACCAGCAAGCUUUGUGAAUCCUUCCUCCAUAUCUAUCAGUAUCUGCCAAAAGAUCAGCGAUUUUGUGCUGUCCAGGCUGCUAUUCUUCUACUUCCAGACGAAAAUCGAGAAGUUUUACAAACUCUGCUAUUCUUUCUCAGAGAUGUAGUGGCUUUUGUGGAGGAAAACCAGAUGACUCCAGCCAACAUUGCUGUUUGUCUGGCUCCUUCUUUGUUUCACCUUAACACCCUUAGGAGAGAGAGUUCCUCAUCGUCUAGGUCCAGUCAGAGGAAGUAUAGUACUGGAAAACCUGACCAGAGGGACCUGAGUGAGAACCUGGCUGCAACUCAAGGCCUGGCUUAUAUGAUAAUGGAAUGCAACAGCCUCUUUCAGAUUCCUGAUUACUGCUUAGAUCAGGGUUAUGAAGAUUUACAUGAUCAAAAUAACUCAGAUGAAGUAACUCCACACCAAACCUCCUUAACAAAGCACUCUAACACAGUGAUCUCCUUGGAGCACUCAAUGCAGGACUUACUCCGAGAUGCUAAAGAGAAAUUCAAGAACUGGGUUACUUGCUCCACCUUAGAAGGAGUGGAUUCUGCAUAUAAAAAGGUGGACGAUAACUACCCUAUCCGGUUAUGGAAAGCUUCUGUUGAAAUUGAUGCUGCCCCUAAAGUAGUUCUGUAUCGGGUACUGACAGAGCAGUACCUAUGGGACCCUAGUCUUCAGCAAACAAAAGUCCUUGAGAUCCUGGAUGAUGAAACAGACAUUUACCACUACACAACAGAGAGUAUGUCUCCACUUCCUCCACGAGAAUAUGUGGUGCUGAGGACUUGGCGGACUGAUCCUCAAAACAAUACGUGUAUAUUAGCAGCUACCUCAAUAGACUGUGAAGGUGCUACCAUCACUGGGAUGUUGGGUCAGGUCCUACUUUGUCAGUACCUUAUAGAAGUAGUUGGCUCUCAAAAAUCGAAAGUGACACAUGUCUGUCGAAUAGAUACCAGGGGCCGCACAACUGAAUGGUACAACAGGGCUUUUGGUCAUAUAUGUGCUGCAGAACUGUUAAGGAUUAAAAAGUCCUUCAAAACUUCAUACUGAAACCAAGCCCAAGAUGACAACAUGGUGCUUUUGGAGGUGAAGGCAAAUGCAUGGUGCUCAAAGCCCAAGCUUAAGUUGACCAGCCUUUAUUAAAAGUUUUGAACAUAAUUACAACAUUAAAAAGUGUUUUAGAAAUUUUCACUUGAAGUAUUCUAGAACUGACUGAUUUUUUAUGCACCAUGUUUAAUGUUACUGUUUUAUAUACAUAUCUUAUACUGAGAAAAUUUAAUUGUUCAAUAGUAUAUAUCAAAAUAAGUUAUUUAAAAAUGAACAUCUUGGUAUGUUCUAAAUAUAAUGUGUAAAGGUGAGAUUAUUCCCCCCCCGAUGUCUUAUUAACUAAAACUGUGAGAGCAAAAGUGUGGUAUCUUCACAGCACAAGGGACUAUUAAGCAGUUAAUGCUGCUUUUCUGUUUUUAGCAUUGUUAAACUAUUAGGAAUUAAUAACAUUCAUAUAGUAACCUGUGUGCAACAUCUAUUGGUCAUAGACAUUUGUACAUUCUGUAGUGGAGAAGCCAUAAGCAAGAGACAUUGUCUUAGGCUGUGAUGUAAAUCUUUACGCAGUAAUGUUUUGUUUGUUUUAUAAGCACAAUCUUUGCCGCUAUUCAGAGUGAGGCAAAAUGGGCACUUUUCAGUUUAAAAUGUGUUCAUCAUUGAGAAAUAAUGUAAUCUACUGAAGUGAUGCACACAAAUGCACAGCGGGCUCUAGAGUCACACUUUGGAAAACAAAAACACAGCUAUAGCAGAGUGGUGAGUUACAAUGGCCUUAAUUGGAUGUAUUUUAAACUGCAGCAUGGCCAAAGGGUCAGGGACAGUGGGAGUUGUUGGACAACAUGUCGUGGGCCACAGGUUCUCCACCCGCUAAGUCAUAAAGCUGCAAUACUAAACAGUGAUCCACCCCAGCCUUAGAACUGACUAAAUCAGUCUGAGGCACACUCAUAUUAGGAACAUUCCAUUUAACCUUCUUUUACACUUCUGCCUAUAAAAGACAGUCCCUGAGCAUAUCCAGUGCUUUAAAUUCAACUGAAGUGACAUAAUUGGUUGGUUCAAAGCUAUAGCCCAGAGCCGAGCCUUGUUGUUAGGGGUGAAAUCCAACAAAGAGCAACUGGAUGCAAGCCAUACUUUAUGAAGCAGCUACUGUAUAUUGUUUACUUUUUUACACUAUGGUGUUGUAAAUAUUCAGCCAAUGUUUUUAGCCAAUGGUGGAAAAGAAAUAUCAGGAGGAUAGUGAUGUAAAUAGAUACUGAGAAAAGGGGCAUUUUUUAAAACUUGGUUUAAAUCAGUAUUGGACUGCUAUAAACCAUUAACCGCUAUAUAGACACCACACAUUUCAUCUCUCUUAGAUUUUUAUCUUCUUAUGUGAUGCUAAAAAAAAUCCUGCCAUGAGAAAACAUGCUUGUUGCAACUAUUUUAAUAUAAUGAACAGUUAUUUUUAUUGGAGGAUUUCUUUGGAUUGCAAUAAUCAAUUGGGGGGGGCUGUUAGAAGACAAGCCACUGCUGCUGUGAUAAAACUACAAAUUCUUAAAAAGUUAGGAUUCAGGAAGCUACACUGCCAUUUUAAAAAAGGUGGUGGGGUUAGGGGGAGGAGAACAAACAUAAUAUACUGAUAGUUGCUAGUGGUACUUCCAGCAUGAUAUGUGAUACUUCAAGUCUGUACCAUCCAUUUGUAAUUGCCAAAAUAUUUAAUUUGGUGUCAAUUCUCUUAAAGGGUUGAAUAUAAGCUCAGACAAUACACCGUUAAUAAAAUGGUGAAGCACUCACUGACUGUAUUAUUGACCUGUGCACAGGUAGUAAUUUUGCUCACCUAAGGGUCAUUACUCAAUUCUAUGUUGUUGCAAGGAUUGAAAGACAGGCAGUAGUAUGGCGGGAAAUAGACGUUUGAUCUUAAUGCGAGAUAUGCAGACUAGGACAGGCACAGAAUCACUUUAGUUUUCACCUUGGGUAGCACGCCCUAGCCUUUCCUGCUUCAUUCCAAAUGGUUUAUGCUACUCUAGGUUCUGUCUGUAGGAGAGAACAAAAGUCUUUAUCAACUUUUUCCUAAUUUGGUCAGAAUUUAUUUUUUUUAGACAAAUUUUGAAAAUCAGCACUGAUCAUAUUUACCUCAUGCUGUUGUACACAGACUGCCCUACAUGGAGUAAGAGAUAAUAAGACUUUAACAUUCAACAUUUUUAUUUCACAAAUAACAGGCCAUGAUAGUCAACUAAUUGCUGAUUUUGGCAGGUCUGCAUAUAAAAUAUUAUGUAAGUCAAUGUAGUUACAUUUUCUGCACUGGCUUGAUUCCCAAGAUGUCAAAACCUUUGGCCAUAACAGCAGCUGUUGCCUCACACAAGAGUAUUCGCCACAUGUUCACUUUCACUAUUUUGCCUACACAAGAGAGACAAACACCACAGAUAGCAUACGGUGAGAGAGAUUUUACAUCAUCCAGAUAGCUAGUCACUUGUAGCAAAGCCAGCCUUCCCAUACCUCACCCUGCUCCAUUCACAUGGGUGCCCACUAGCACUGGGUACAGGAAGAUUGCCCUCUACUAUUUGGCCAAGUAUGAUAAUCAACUCCAGCCAUGGCUGUAAGCUGCCAUACCAUGAAGUAGCAAGCAACUACUCCACAGUGCCCUACUUCUUAAAUUUAUCCUAAAACAAGAUAAUUUAGACUGAAUAUGUUAGCACUGUGAUGCUGUAUUAAAAAUGGCAUCACUGCCUUGGAAUUAUAUCAGUUGUGUCAAUGAUUCAAGCUGUCUACUAGGAACACUAUCCAAAUGGGGAAGAGAGCUCAAUUCCCCUAAAAUGUUUUGUUCUGUGUUCAUACAAGAAGAAACUCUACCUCUUACUCAAAAUUCAGGUUAACUCCACUUCCGGGAAGGGUGACUUAGCCUGUGCCUGCUUUUGAGACGGGCUCCUGCCUCAAAAGAAGCUUAUUCAGAUAUAUCAGUCAGUUUUUUCUUUUUUUUUUUGACUGAUUAAACUUCUCCCGGGUAGGGAGAAACGAAGAGAUUAACCUCAAAGCCUAUUUUUGUUGGGACGACCAGAUCUCAUUAAUUUAUGGGACGAGGUCCAGCCGACGAAGGUGGGACGGAUUUUCAACAGCAAGCUCUAUCUGUUAAAGCGAACGUUCAUCUUAUCUUCUAAGAGAGAACGCACUAACAGGCAAGCACCCUUCUUUCUAUAUUUUUCUUUUACUUGACUUAAAUUGUUGCUGUUUAAAAGAGAUUUGCCAGAUUGAUCGGUUUUUGACAUCUCACUGGGGAGCCGUAACUUCUCUCUGCUACGCACUAAUUAAUAGCUUAUCUCUGUUUUUGUUGCAAAAAGCUGUCCUGGAUUUGCAUUCUAAAGAUACACACAGAAGAGGGAUUUCUAUUCCAGAUUUUUAUUUUGAAAAAUAUUAUACUGUUUUGAGACUACUCUCUUUUUGGUCUAUUUUAUUUUGACGAAUCUGUUUCUUGACGAUUGCCAUUAAUUGCUUCGAUCCUGGGAACUGCAUUUUGUUUACUUAACUAUUGGAGAGAUAAGGCUGUCUGCUCUGUUUAUACUGUGAUGUCACCAAGUUUGGAGUAUUAACCCAAUUGUUGCUGAAAUAAGAAGUGGUUUUCCUAUAUUUU